GGCCACAAGCGGCCGCGUUUGCCAACGUUUUGUGUAAAAUUUUUCGCACGCACCAUUAAAUUAUAAUUAGCUUAGUUAGGAAUUUAAAGAGUGUCUGAAAAUGGUAGAUAGCGAUGCCGAAAGCGAUUCGAGCACCAGCAGCAGCUCAAGCAGUGGCAGCGGCGGCAGCAGCAGCGGAUCAUCGUCGAGCUCCGAAAGUAGUGGAAGUGGCAGCGGCAGCAAUAGUAGUGUAGGAAGUAGUCGAAGUAGCAAAGCAAAGGAAGAAGAAGCAGCGUUAGCAAAGGGGCAACCGCAACCAGCAGAAGUUGUCGUUGACAAUGAGAAGGAGGAUGCAACAGUGGGAGGUGCAACUGAGAAAGUGGUGGUGCCUGCAGACGUGGUGAAGGCGAAGGAAGAAGCAGAAUUGCAGGAACAGCCACAGGAGACGGAAAAAACAGACACGUCAACGGUUGAAGGAAGAGGCCAUAAUGUAGCUGUUGUGGAGGCGGUGGUGAAGAAUAAUGGGGAAGUGCCGCUUAAAGAAACUCCUGAAGUUGAAACAGCUAAGCCGACUGUGUCCGUUGAGCCGACAAAGGAUCCAGAACCAGAGCAGGAAUCAGAAGCAGAGUCUGCAAAUCGGCAAGUUACCACCAAUGGUGAUGCUGAACCAGAGAAAACGGUUACCCACCACAGUGAAGAGGGCGAAAUAACUGAUAAAGACGAUGAUGAUGUGCCGCCGGUGGCGGAUAAACUUGCAACUGCCAAUGCGCUAAUCAACAUGGGCCCUGAGCCAAGCAGACGCAGCAAAAGCAGCACCCGGCGUAGUCGAAGCGCAGAUGAGAAGCGCAGCCGGCGACGACAUAGCAGUCGCUCUAGGGAUCGAGAGCGAGAUAGGGAGAGAGACCGAGGUCGGAAUCGGGAUCUGCGCACACGCAGUUCUAGUCGUAGUCGCUCACCACGCAAUAGACGAAGGCGGCGCACGCGGACACGCAGUCGUAGCAUCAGUCCCAUACGCAGACGUUCCAGUUCAUUGGAGCGAAGACGCGCUGAGCGUCAGAAGCGGCACGAGGAGCGCGCAAAGCAGGAUGAGGAACGGGCCAGGGAGCGUGAGAAACGCCAUCGUCAAAGCAAGGAAUCUCGUUCCCAUCGUGAUGAUUCUCGAGGGCGUCGAGAAGGCUCACGUGACCGUCGCGAAAGCUCCAAAACUCGUCGUCGAUCUAACGAUAGUCGCGGUGCUGAGUCCAAAGAUCGUGCACGAAAAGGCCGCUCAACCAGUGCGACUGAGGACAAGAAGGAAAACAAUGACAAUGUCACCGUAACUGAACCAACGGCCAAGAUUACGGAACGCCAGCGUCGUACUGUGGAUCUGCUGACGUCACGCACCGGUGGCGCAUACAUACCGCCCGCCAAGCUGCGCCUCAUGCAGGCCGAGAUCACGGACAAGGCCUCGGCGGCUUACCAGCGCAUUGCCUGGGAGGCGCUCAAGAAGUCCAUACACGGCUACAUCAACAAGGUGAACGUGACGAACAUCGCAAUUAUCACGCGUGAAUUGCUGCGUGAGAACAUUGUGAGGGGACGGGGUCUACUCUGUCGGUCCAUCAUUCAAGCACAGGCCGCCUCGCCGACAUUCACACACGUCUAUGCGGCCCUCUGCGCCAUCAUCAAUUCCAAGUUCCCCAACAUUGGAGAACUGCUGCUCAAGCGUUUAGUCAUUCAGUUCAAGCGCGCGUUCCGGCGCAACGAUAAAUUGGUGUGUAUGUCGGCGACACGCUUCAUCGCCCAUCUGAUGAAUCAGCGGGUGGCGCAUGAAAUUCUGGCGCUGGAAAUACUGACGUUGCUGGUGGAGACGCCCACCGAUGAUUCGGUGGAGGUGGCCAUUUCCUUUCUAAAGGAGUGCGGCAUGAAGCUGACUGAAGUGUCGUCAAAAGGUAUUGGCGCCAUUUUCGAGAUGCUGCGCAACAUCCUGCAUGAAGGGAAACUGGAUCAGCGGGUGCAGUACAUGAUCGAGGUACUGUUUCAGGUGCGCAAGGAUGGUUUCAAAGACCAUCAGGCGGUUGUAGAGGAGCUGGAGCUGGUCGAGGAAGAUGAUCAGUUUACGCAUCUGAUGAUGCUAGAAGAGGCCACCGAAACUGAGGACAUAUUGAAUGUCUUCAAAUUUGAUGAUAAUUAUGCCGAAAACGAGGAGAAGUACAAGGAACUCAGCCGUGAGAUAUUGGGCAGUGGUUCUAGUGGCUCCGGUGAUUCCUCUGGCUCGGACUCUGAUAGUGAUGGCGAUUCUGAAUCUGGUGGCGAACAAGACGAGUCCAAAGCUGGAGCCACCGAUAUUAUAGAUAAUACCGAGACGAAUUUGAUAGCCCUCCGACGCACUAUUUACUUGACAAUUAACUCGAGCUUGGACUAUGAGGAGUGCGCUCACAAGUUGAUGAAAAUGCAGCUGAAGCCGGGCCAGGAGGUGGAGCUCUGCCACAUGUUUCUCGAUUGUUGCGCCGAGCAGCGCACCUAUGAGAAGUUUUACGGACUGUUGGCUCAACGGUUCUGCAACAUAAACAAGAUCUAUAUACCGCCCUUCGAGGAGAUCUUCAAGGACACAUACCAGACGACGCAUCGCCUGGACACGAAUCGACUGCGCAAUGUUAGCAAAUUCUUUGCCCAUCUGCUCUUCACCGACGCCAUCAGUUGGGACGUGUUGGAGUGCAUACAAUUGAACGAGGAUGAUACGACUUCCUCGAGUCGCAUUUUCAUCAAGAUACUAUUCCAGGAAUUGGCCGAAUAUAUGGGGCUGAGCAAAUUGAAUACUAAGCUAAAGGAGGAAGUGCUGGUGGAGAGUUUAGCGGGCUUGUUCCCUAAAGAUAAUCCGCGGAACACACGCUUCUCUAUCAAUUUCUUCACGUCCAUCGGUCUCGGCGGCUUGACGGAUGAUUUGCGUCGCUUCUUGAAGAAUGCGCCCAAGGCAGUGCCAGCAAUUAAUGCCGAAAUCUUAGGCAGCAAUCCGUUCAAAGAUGGUUCGGUCGCCGCGUCGGUGGCGGCGCCCCCCGCCUCCAGCUCUUCGUCCAACUCCAGCAGCAGUAGCAGCAGCUCUAGUAGUAGCGCGGAAAGCAGUAGCAGCGAUGAGGAUAGCGAUAGUGAAUCAUCCAGCUCAGACUCUAGCGAGCUGCAGCGCAAGCGGAAACGCAAAGAUAAAUCCAAGAAAAAGCCCAAAAAGCAGCGCAAAACGAAAAAAUCAAAGGACAAAAAGAAGAAAAAGCGUUCGGAUAAGAAAAAGGAGAAAGAGAAGAAAAAGGCCGCAGCCAAAAAGAAGAGCAAGUCUAAAAGAAAGCGCAAACACGAGGAGACCAGCAGCUCCAGCAGCGCCGCCACCGAAAGUUCCAGCUCCAGCGAAAGCAGCAGCAGCAGCGAAUCGGACCAAAGCAGCGAGCAUGAACCGCCAGCCAAAAUCAAGCGAAAGGAGCAGCACAACAACAAAUCGAAAGCGGCGCCCAACAAACAUGGAAAACAUGGCGACAGCGACGACUUCAACCUGGAUGGACCGGAAACAGUGCCGCAAACUUCAGAACGAUAUCAGCACAAUGGUCAUAGCGUGCGGGAGCGAGGGCAGUCCAAUGAUCGGAAGCAGCAGCGAAAUCAGCGGAGUCACGAGCGUGAGCGCGAGCGCGAGGGUAGACGCGGGCGUGAGGAGGAGAAGGAACGGGAUAGAGGCCGUGAGAGGGAUAAGGAUCGUGGCAAGGAUAGGCCGCGUGAGAGCGAACGAGAGAGAGAAAGAGAUCGGGAGCGUGAUCGAGAACGUGAUCGGGAGCGGGAGCGCGAUUAUUCCAGACGCAAGAGUCGUGACGGCUCAAAUAGAAACUACCACAGGCGCAGCGUCUCCCAGGAGCGCGGCUAGGACACCACCACACCACACAAUUGCAACGACGGAUUAUGUAUUUUUUAUAUAAUUUGUAAAAACCUUAACUAUCAGAAAAGCAGAAAAGAAAACAACGCAAAAGCAAGACAAAAACACUGAAGCAAACAAUUAAAAUGUACAAAAAAUCACAAAGGCA